CGACAUGAAAGAGUCUCUCCAAUCAUCCGUGAAACGAUGUGCGUGCUGUUGGUACUUGAAUUAGCCACCAAAUUGAAAGAGAGUGGGGCUUGGUAGGCCCUCGGCUGGCAAAGCUUCAACUGAUCUGCGGAGAAGUUUAUGAAAGCCUGUUUACUGUUGGCGAUAUUCGUGUGAAGAUGCUUACUCCACAAUCGGUGCAUUUUGUUCUACUAACGUGCUCUUUACUGUUGCUCUCGUUGGAAUCACGAGGAUCACCACAAGACUACACUUCAUGUCCUGGAGGAGUUUGUGUACCCUACUAUUUAUGUGAAAACGGUACAAUCAUAACCAACGGCGAUGGAUUGAUCGAUUUACGAUUUCGUGAGAAUCACUGUCCCAUGGAUUUCGUGUGUUGCCGUGAUGUUGUUACUGAGAUCCCAAUUGCAGCGUGUGCUAAAACGUGCGUUGAGCUUUACCAAUGCUUGGAUGAUGUUUUUGAUAGCGGAGAUAAUGAGAAACAUGAAAGUGAUAAAUCAUAUUGCCCGGACGAUAAAAUUUGUUGCGGUAAAGUCAGACAAAUUGAAACCAUACGAGAUGAUUCGCCAACUCAAAAUUGCUUGGGAAAAUGUAUUCCUUAUAAUGAGUGUUACAAAAAAAGCUUGAAUUCCGCUGAAAACAAUGGAGUUGAUCUAAGGAUCACUGACGGAAAUUGCAAUGGUCAUGAUUUGGUUUGCUGUUUGGAGCCAGAAAUUACAAUUCCUCAACUUGAGCCGACAAAACUUUGCAAUGGCCGAUGCGUUCCAUCCUACCAAUGUUUGAAUGCAACGACGAAUAGCGCAAGUUAUGGCAUGAUUGAUUUGAGAUCACAAUACGAGCCUUGCCCUGGGGAUCUUAUCUGUUGUAGUGAAGAAACAAUUUCGAAAUCUGAUUGCCAAGGAGUAUGUAUGCCUGCUGCUGAGUGUUCGAAAAUCAGUGCUGAGAUUAUUGGAAAAGAUAAAAUAGAUUUGAGAAAUGGUGACAAUGGUUGUGAUAGAGAAGAUUUCGUGUGUUGCGAUCAACUACAACCGAAGCCAUCGCAAUCUUCAUGUGAUGGUACAUGCGUUCCUGAAUCCCAGUGUCUAAAUAACGAAAGAAAUUUAGAGUAUGAUUCAAGAAUGCUCGAUAAUCCAUGCUUGGAUAAUAUGAUCUGCUGUUCUACCAUACCAAAACUCGAUCCGCCUCCGUGCAGUUGUGUCCAUCCUCACCAGUGUUUGGAUGACAUCAACGACAACGAGCAUGCAAAAGAUUUAUUAGAUUUGAGAGCCCACGAAAGACAAUGUCCUUCACAGCAAAUUUGUUGCAAAAAAAUAAAACCUAGCCGGCAAGAGAACUCGAAUCUACCACAAACUGAGUGUAGAGGAACAUGCGUGCCUUUCAACCAAUGUCAAAAUGGGACAUUCAAUACCAACGGCGAAGGUAUCAUAAUGCCUCGUAGUCAUAAUUAUUGUACCGGUGAUUUAAUAUGCUGCGAAGAUUUUCCUGCAUUGCCAGAAAUCGCGGAGCAGGAAAUAUGCGAUGGUAAAUGCGUUCCUGUCGACCAAUGUCUUUCUGAUGUAUCGACUAAUCCUUUUGGAUUUGGAUUGAUAAAUUUAAGAAGAAGAUCACCCAAUAUCUGCAGAGAUAAUUUGAUUUGUUGCAAAGUAAAAGAUACAUCACAAUUAAUUGUAGACAAUGAAUUAGAGUAUUCAAAUACUUGUAAUGGAAAAUGUGUGCCAUAUGCUGAAUGCGACACAGCUGGUAAAAACUCAUUCGAUUUAAGAAUAUACGGCGAUUGCCCCAGAAAUUUAGUGUGCUGUGGAUUGACUCCAAACCCAUUAUUGAAUCCUUCGCUAAUUAACCCACUCAUACCGGCUGAAAUCGUAUGCGAUGGAGCAUGCGUUCCAUUGGUACAAUGUGCAGAUUCCCCUUCAGAAAUGAUGAACCACCUCAUUGAUCUACGUUUUGAAUCCAAUCAUAAUGAAUGUACAAUCGGUACCAUUUGCUGUAAUAAUCCAAUUCAACAAACCCUAGAAGAACAGAAAUGGUUGCACUGGAUUCAGGAUAUGAACAACAUGGUGGAAACUGGCAUAAAGAACGCGGGAAAAUGUUUUCUCGAUAUUGAUCGACACACUGACCGAAUUCGACCAGAUGAAAUCCCUUGGUUGACCACGGUUUGGAGGAAGCGGCAGUAUCAUCAAGAGGGACGUUACAAGUAUCUAUGUGCUGGCGCAUUCGUCCGAGCUGAUGUAGUUCUAGUCACUGCAGAUUGUAUCCUUGCUGAGCCAAGAGACAGUUUGUUAGUAGGAAUAGGAAAUCACGAUUUGAAGUCAGCAGUUGGUGAUAAGGUAUUCCAGACAGCCAAGAAAGUAGUUCAUCCGGAUUUCAACCCAGCAUCCAACGUAGCUAAUAUUGCCUUACUGUUUCUCAAAGAACGAAGUGAAAUAAACCACUUAGCAUGCACUUUCGACAUAAACGAGACUUUUAAUGACCAGACCUGCCUUAUUGUUGGAUGGAAUAACGAUAACUUCGAGAAUAUAAGGAGCACGUCUGUUACCCCGAAUAAGCAACCAAUAUCUAUCCUUCAAUCAUCAGAUAGUUAUUUGCAUACUCUGUCUACUGCAAGGAACCAGUCAAAGCAAAGCUGCAACAGGUGGCGAGGUGCAACGAUAAUAUGUCUCGAUCAGAAGGACCAAAACUGGAAGAUUAUCGGUAUCGCAGCAAAGAAUAAUGAACGAUGUGACGCGAACGGUAUUCCCGAAACACUGGUUGCGAUUCCUCAGCUGUCACCUUGGAUCCGAGAGCAGCUUUCGCCGAGCUUUGUACAGCAACCAGUCGACCUUGGAUCGUCAAGACAAUAUUUACCGCCUGUAUGAUGCGAUGAGACAUUUGAAGCAGAGGUCGAUGAACAUGCGUAUACCAUUCGUUUAUUCUUUGCAAGGAUUUUUCAUAUACACUACACAGCAAAAAAAUAAUAACAUCACAGCAGUUUUGUUGCAUACCACUCGUGCCACGAAUACUGCGUAAAUAGCAUUCGAGUGAAUGUGUUAAGGCGACUCCACAAAUUACGUAACGCACUAGGGGGAGGGGGGAGUAAGCUUAAGCGUUACGCCUCAUACAAGAAUUUAAAAAUUUUCAUAUAAAAAGCGUUACGGAGCGGGGAGGGGUCAAAAAAUUUCCAAUUUUAGCGUUACGUAAUAAUUGGAUGCUGCCUAAAAGACGUGGAUCGAAAAAAUCUACAAAAAGAACUUAAUUUUAUUAAUGUACCACAACAAUUUGAAUGUAAUUAUUGAAAUCACGACGUGUUUGAUGUGCAAUUAAAAUGCUGUUAGAUUAAAAUAUACUUUGCAGUGUACAACAAGGGACUGUAUAUAUGUAAAUAAGAUUAAAUUCAGUUAACUUUAUUUAUAAGAGAAUAUAAUGUGAAAUUUUGUUUAAAGAAAAUGUUUAAUAAAA